UUGCAAAGUGCGUCACAGCGCUGAGCUGCGGAGAAUAAACGGAACCUGCAGUCUAGUACCGCAAGCUACCCCCCGGCCCCCCCUCUCUAUUUUUGUUUUGUUUGCACAAGAAAACCUGAGCUGACGUUUCCGCUUUCAGCAUGGUGAAGAUUGCCUUUAAUUCGGCUCUGGCGCAGAAGGCGCUGGGCAAAGAGGUGCCAGCUGCUGUUAAGGACCCUGAAGUGGCCUCUGCUCCAGUGGGCACUGAGGGCUCCACAGGUCGCUGCCUACUCACCUUGCUGGGCAUCGCCUUCAUCCUUAGUGGGCUCAUCGUGGGGGGAGCGUGUCUCUAUCGAUAUUUCACCCCAAAGAGGCUGUAUCAUGGCGCGAUGGAGUUCAGAGACGUGUCAGCCGGAGGAGAGAGCCAGCCUUACUACCUGCCGCGGGUGGAGGAGGAGGUGGAGAUCUCCGACAGCAUGGCCGUCAUCAGCGUCCCCCCUCCCCGCUUCAGGCCUGGAGACCCUGCUUACAUCCUCCACGACUUCAAUAGGAAGCUGACGGCUUAUCUGGACCUGACUCUGAGGACCUGCUUUGUGAUUCCCCUGAACACCUCGGUGGUUCUCCCCCCUCAGGACCUCAUUGACCUCUUCUCACAGCUGAUGUCUGACUCGUACCGCAGCUACCUGGUGCACGAGGACCUGGUGGUGACGGAGCGCAUCGACGAUGUCAAGCCCCUGGGCUUCUACAUCCGCCGGCUCUGUGAUGGAAAAGAAACGUACCGAAUGCAACGCCGUGCCAGCCUGCCAGGUGGAGGCAUCCAGAAGCGCUCUGCAGACGAAUGCUUCACCAUCCAUCACUUUGAGAACAAGUUUGUGACUGAGACCCGCAUCUGCAAGGCUUAAGCGCGAAUAUAGGUCAGAGAGAGUCGGUGGGAGUGGGCGAUGAAGGGAACAGCUUUCAUCAGAAAGUUACUUUUGUACAAAACUCUUUCCAGUUUUUGCCUCCCCUGCUUUUAAUCUAGUGUUGAGUGAAUUUAAGUUGCAGCAUUAGACAGCCUAGCCCCUUCUCCUCUGGUGUAUCCCCUCGAACCCAUGAUAGGUUAUAGCGUAAGUAUUCAAUAGCUAGUCUUGUACUGAUAAUUUAAGUCAGUGAGCUGAAGUUAGAUAAACUAAGUUUCAUUUGUUCCGUUGCUUUCCGUUUUGUUGCUGUAGCUUCCUGCAGACUGACCUUAUUGAUGUUACUGUAUAACAACAUCCAGACCAGAGCCGUUAGUUGUCCUACUGAGUAUUCUAGUGAGAUCAUAUUAGACGUGUCUAGCGUCAGCCUCCUGUCACCGCUCCAACCCGGGUGCAUAGAGCAGGUUUGACCAGGUGUUUGUGUUCUCUAGUUACAGCGUGAUUAUAGCACAAGUCAGCAUGGAAAUGUCUGGUCCAGUAUACACGCAACAUGCUUGUCCGUGGACGGUAACACAAAGCUCUCAGUCACCACUUUUGUUGAUAUUUCCCAGAGUGCUGCGCUUCCUUUACGGGCCUCUGCUGUCCUGCUGUGUGAUGACUUUAGUGUAACUGAUGGUCUCGUGCCUGAUGGGGACAACAGUCCAGCACCCUCACAGCAUAUGACCAGUUUUUGUGUUUGUGUUUAAACUUCAUGUGUGACUCUAAAGCUGAGGGAUGAGCUAAAGAUGAAUAAGCUAAAGGGAAAUUUCACUUAAUUUGACUUGAAAAUGAUCUGGUUUUGUCUAGUUUGAAUAUUAUGUGUCAGCAGUCUUAUAACAUACCUUCACUGAGAUAGCUGUAAUGAACAACAUUGAUGUUAAUAUAGAUGCCUGCAAUGAUUUGAUUUGAUCCCCAUUAUUUAGACACGUUAUGCGCUUAAAUGAAAGCAGCUGUCUUUGAUUUCUGAUGUCUGAGUAUAUUUUAAGUCAUUUUCAGUGAUUUCCUACUUGACGCCUGUACAGAGAGACAAUCAACAGGAAAUGUGUUUGUAAAGAUGGAUUUCUGUCUCUGCUUUUUAAUCGAGCACUAGAAGAUUAGGGGGGAAAAAAAAACCCAAAUGUUGUGCGCAACUACUGAACUGAAAUCUGCUUUGUUGUUUGAAUAAAGUUGCAUUUCUUUACCUAA